AUGGACGAACUGAUAAGAAAAUACCGGGCUGUGCUCUUUAUUUUUGCACAAUUUUCCACCAACAACUUCUGUAUGGGUAUAUCCGCUCCAAUCAAACAGGUUCUUUCAAAAUUCCCGCUGGUGGUGUACCCCUCGGACAACAAGGAUGUGGAUAUGCCGGCAGCGAAGCUUGCGUUUCGAAAUAGCCGCGAGUCGCGCAAUACCUUCAACCUAGGCGUAUACAACGUGGUGCCUCUGUCUUUUGACAACAACGUCGCAGCGUCGCUCGACCCCGUGUGUUUCUACUGCAUGCUGCUUCUGGCAUACAAGCAGGGCUACAAAUUGCCACACUUGGACGAUGAAGGUUCCGGAAACUGUAUUUCUGUGCUGUCCUACCACAGCGCCGUGGACGGCCAACUUCCGAUUCUUGUGGAGGACGAGGACGACAGAAAAGAACGAAAACUGCGCAGAAAGAUCCGGUCUGCAGCCACCAUUGAGAAAUUCAAUCUGUCCACGGUAUCGAACCCAAAAGAACUCAUGUAUAUACAAUUGGUCGAUACUAGAUUAUACGACUACUUCAUGGCCAAAGUGCUGCGGAUCUCGGCAACUUCCAUCUACAGUCAGUCCAACACGCCCUUUAAUUCCGCUCUGGGCCAUCUCGUGAGACGAAAUGGCUUCUCUCUGCGCAAUCCAGCCAUUUCUGCCCAAUACACAGACUCCGUUCAUCUACCUCUUAAAUACACUACCCAGGCCAUACAAAACGAGCAUGACCGCUGCGACCGCGAAGGAAAGCAGCUUCUCGAGUGGCUUGAGGGGCUGCUGGAGGACGAGCUAUUUUUCGAUAAACCCGGCGUGCUGGACUUCAAGCUGGCCGCCUAUAUCUAUGCUCUGAUGAAUAUUGAGGACGUUGAGCUCGAAUAUCCGAAAUUGAAGGCUCACUGUCGCAGAAUCAUAGCAGGCGUCAUAUAGAUCAUUUCCAUGGGUUGUCAUCGUCCUCGGCCUCCCACGUUUUGUACGCAAUAGACGUUGGCACCGUGAGCUCCUUGAAUAAAUCUGUGCCCGGGUUUUCCAGCUCCGGGCCUCUUCUUUCUUGGUUUUCCUGGUCAGUGUAUUUGUCAUAAAGGUCCUCAAGGUCGUCAAUGACCUGAAUCGGCAAGAUCGGCUGGUAGAGCCGAAUUUUCUUUUGGUCGGAGCCGUAUUGGUGCAGCAACUCGAGCUGGCGUGGAAGCACCACCGGAAACACCUGGCCGGGGUUUAAAAACAGCUUGUCGGAGCCAGCAUAGUACACCUUUUGACGGCAGGCCGUAGAGUUCUGCUUCAAAUGUGUUUUCAGGUUCUUUGGGAACUUCUGCUCUGUGAUCUCGUAUCUAUAUUGCUUGACAACGUGCAGCAACUGCUUGGAGCUCAGCACGUCGAAUCUGUUCAUAAUAUUCUUCAGCAAAUCCACAUCUUCUGCUGUGAGCCCGCUCAUCACCUGUAACCACUCCAGCAGCUCGACGAGCGGAAGAAAAUGGUGCUGGCCGAUUUUGUACAGCGAAUUGUAGUAAAACGUCCCGUCCAUCGGAUCCUGUUUGUUGUUGUGGAAACGUGCGACAUUGGUGAAUUUUGUCUCAGCUCCAACGAUACUUUCUGGGUAGCUGUCAUCGUUGAAGUCUAAAGUUUCAGCCCGAUACGGGACCAGGUUGUUAGCUCUGAGCCAGUCCUGGAUGUAGGACAUAUUUAGUCUAAUCUGCAGCGCCUUGACACGCGUAUUGUACUUUUUGUUGGCUAAAACUCUGUUGAAGACAGAGCUGCCGAGCCAGUACAACACUGCGGCAAAGCAUUGCUGUUUGUACACGUCGUUCACGUGAUGAAGCUCUAGAACGUAAACCAGUGCUCCCAGAGUUUGGAUAACUUUCAAUGGCGACGGUUUCAUCUGCUGUUCCAACGAAGGAGGAUACAGCAUUUCAAGGAUCUCGUCGUAGGUAGAUUUCAGAGCCACUUUCUGUUUGAACACUCUCCAUUGCGCCUUGUACACGGUAUCCAGGUCUGGAACACUGCAGUAGUCCAGAAUGCACGGCUCCAGCAACGGCUCCAGCUUGGCGUCCAUUACAAAUGCCAGCUGGAAAAUCAGCGACUGCACGGUGGAUAUCAAAUCCUGGAGCGUUUUGGGGCUAUUCGCAAGAAACGGAGAGGCCGUGUCUCUGUGGAAAAAAUACUGGAGAUGAUUCAGACACGAGAUCCAGUACCCAAGCAGAACAAUGUCCGUCUGGGGCCCUGAAGACGGCUGCACAACGCCGCUCUUGGUGUUGGUGAUACUUCUGACUCUUGUGAAAAACAGAUCCACAAAUGUCUCGGCCAGUUCCAUGCUGUCCAUCUUCCCGCUGAUGUACCGGACCGACUGGAAGACUACGGCGGCGGGAUAGAUGGCCUUGUGCGGGUAUUUUGCGUGCAGCGAGAUGAUGUAGUCUAUAGUGGCAGAAAUGCUCUCGUCGCUGACUUUCACAAACUGGCGUCGCAUCAGGUGGCCAAAGUCAAAAUUGUCUGUGUAGAACGAGUCAUCCAGCAUGCUAGCCUCGUCGUCGUCGACGAAUUUCGAGCCCGAGUAGAGGCCAUUCGUCUUCGUGUUGUCACUGUCCAUAUGCAGCGCCUGGACGUGGCUCUCGAACUGCUCAUCUGUCGGGAGCAGCGGGUCUUUUUUGUAGAAGCUGCUGUCGUUCGAUUGUGGUGCUGUUUUGUCCAGAUAAUUGUGCACCUUGUAGUAGUUAUAUAUUUCAGACUCCGGCUUGAGCAUAUCGAGCGCGUUCUGGUGCGACCGCUCGCUGCGCAGGUACGGGUCUGCGUCGUGCUCAAGCAACACCUCGACAAUCUUGACGUUUUCCAGAUACGUCGCCCACAUCAGAGGCGUCCACUGGAGCAAAGAGUCGCUUUUGUUCACGUCCACGAUCGCUACCAGGGCUGUGACGCACUCGAUCGAGCCAAAACAGAUGGCGUAUAUCAGCGGACUCAGGCCAUUGAGGUCGAUGUUGUUGAGCUGCGACAGCUUUUCGGGGUCCGCAGACGAGAUAAACCGCUUCAGCAGGAUAUGAUCGUUGGUGGUGCAUGCGAGACACAGUUGGGCAAACCAGUCCGAGCCUGCGGCCAGUUCCAGCGCUUUUUUCGCCGCCUGAACCUUGGCCC